AUGGAGCCUCUCAGCGCAUUCUCGCUCGCCUGCAACAUUUUGCAGAUCGUCGAGUACGGUGCAAACGUCCUCAGUCGAGCGGCCCAGUAUCGGGCUGCAUCCAACGGAGCGCUGAACGAACAUAAUACUCUUUACGAUGUAUUGCAGUCGCUCAAGGGCCUCAAUGCCGAGCUUGGCUUAUCUUUGCCGCCUUCAGGCAGCGUACAGAAAGCCACUGUGCCGGAACUGAGGUUGGCAACGGCAAACAAAGAGUGCAUGCGUAUAGCAGACGAACUCAUUGCCCUGCUUGAACAUCUCAAGGUAAAAAAGUCAUCAACAGUUGAGGGUAUUCGGAUGGGUAUCAAGUCUAUUUGGUACGAAGGCAAGGUGAAAACUUUGAAGCAUGAUUUGGCCGAAGCCAAAGACAAUCUCAGCUUUGCACUCAUGCUGUUCAUGCAGCACGGCGACACAUCCAAGCAGGCUGAACUUCUACGAUCCCAUGAUGAAUCAGAGAGACGCAUUAUAGAUGCUUUCAAAUCUACUUCCGAUUCGCUCUCAUCAGAAAUUCAAGCUCUUACAGCCCAGCUUAACAGCACUUCGCUCUUGUCUGCGGAUGAUGCCCUUCGAGACCUCCAAGGUUCCCACCAAGAUGUAUUAGCUGAAUUGUCGCAGAAGCUGGAUGCCAUACUUUCACAUCAGGAAACUUCAGAUUUAUUGAAGCGCUUCUCAAUACUUUCGGAUUCAACCGAAGUCGCGCAGCAACGGAUAAACGAAAGUCUUACUUUUCCGCAAAUCGAUGAGCGGAGAAACAAGAUCCAACGUGCGCAUAGAAGCACGUACCAAUGGGUGCUAGAUCCAGCACAGUCGCAGAGGCAUUUUGAUGACCUGCUCUCCUGGACGAGAUCUCAAGACGGGAACCGACAGCUCUAUUGGGUUUACGGAAAGCCAGGCAGUGGAAAGUCGACGCUGAUGCGGUACCUGCUCGAAGAACUUGACCAAGAUCUUCACUUCCACCCAUGGAGCGAGAAUGAGACUGUUCUCAAGGUUGAUUACUUUUUCUGGGCCCCGGGGACGCCCUUGCAAAAGUCGUUCAUCGGGCUUCUUCGGUCACUUCUUGCUCAAAUGUUCUCACACUUACCACAAAUCAUUGCAAAGUUCGUCCCACCUGUUCUUUGGAACAAAGCGCGCGUCGCAUCCACGAUGGACAUACACUGGACUUCCUCUGAACUCAUUCAGACCAUUACAGCGGUCGUUCGCUCUGAGAUGUGGUACACGUUUUUCCUCAUCGACGGACUGGAUGAGUUUGAAGGAACUGAUCAGGAGAGAGACGAGUUCUUAGAUCUCAUAGGCAGCAUUUCCUCGCUCUCACACGUCAAGCUUUGCGUAUCCAGUCGACCAGGGAAUGUUUUCCAGGACGCCUUCGACAGAUUUCCCAAGAUCCGACUAGAAGACCAUACUCAAGAGGAUAUACACUGUUACAUACAUCAAGAAUUGAGCUCCCAGCGACGAUUCGAACAAUUGCGACAACAUAAUCCAUCAUUAGCUAAGACUCUCAUCAGAACAAUUCUUGAAGAGGCUGCCGGAGUCUUUCUCUGGGUACGGCUUGUUGUGUACGGGCUAGUUAAGGCACUUCGAGAUGGAGACAACAUGCAUCAGUUGUUGAGAAGAGUCGAAGCUAUCCCGAAAGAUCUUGACGCCUAUUUCACCCACUUGAUGGGUUCCAUUGAGCCACUCUAUCGUAGAGAGGCUUCUAUAUUCCUUCAGCUGGCACUGUAUGAGGAACACGAGUUCACUGCGCUUCAUCCUCUCCGCCUUAUUGAUAUGGUGUGUAUCCAAGACGAAGUUGAAUCUGUAUCCGAGGGCCAGGCUACCAGCGAUGAGUUGGACUUUUCCAACGUCCAGAAUAUGGAAUUUCACCUCGAUUCAACCUUACGUCGGAUCAACAGUCGUUGCCGCGGCCUGCUAGAAUGCCGAUAUCUUGAAGGAUCAACCUCUUGGUAUCAUGACAUUGAUUUUGACGGGGACGAGACGUCUGUUUCGCAGAUAUUUGACUGGCAGAUGGAUUUUCUGCACCGAUCGUUCUGGGAUUUCUUGUCUCUCCCUUCGAGCCAAAGCAAGCUACAUGAAUACUCUGGAAGGCCUUUCGAUGCGAGAGUUCUGCUCUGCGAUUCCCGAAUGCUCCAGAUAGAAGAAUUGAAUAGGUCUAAAGCAUGUGACUACCUCAUAAUCGGCUUGGCAAGCUUCGUCAUAAGCACCAUUGCAGUGGCGAAUCUCAGGACAACAGAAUACUGUAAGACUGUCGCGGGCCGUCUUCAACUUGUGCUGGAUCGCGUGGUUCAAACCAACAUUGAUGAAAGCUUCUAUAAGGGGCCGUGGUAUCUCUGCCAGAGCCUAUGUGUGUAUCAUUAUCACGCCAGUUCUUUCCUCACUAUUGCCAUAGAUUUCAAUCUGUCGGCAUAUGUUUUCGCCAAUCUUACAACAGAGGCAAUACAUGCUAAAAGAGGGCGCCCUAUCCUCGACUAUAUUCUUCGUGGUGCAUUCUUUCAUGCCGACGAGCCGUCUAUUGGUAACCACUUGCCAGAUCUGGCGCUUGUUCAGCAAGCGCUAGAAUUAGGAGCUGACCCGAACGAGAUUUCAGACUCUGGAUCAAUAUGGGUGUCAUUUCUAGUAUUUUUGGACAAUGUGUCAACUACGCGGGACGGCAUUGGCAGCAAUCUGGGUCCAGUAAAGCAGGAAGGACUUCUGAGAGCUGUUAUGGUCUUACUGCACGGCGGAGCCUGCCCUGUACUGCCAGCUGCGAUGCUUUAUCGCAGAGGUUCCAUCGACUGGCCGAAGUGGCAAUGGGAAGAUUACAUCACGACUUCGCGCGGCGACUUCGAGGUGAUGCCGCACCAUCUCGUGUCCACGGCAGACUACCUGAACUUGCUGCGCCCUCAAUACUCGCUAGCUGCAAAGACUUUGGAAGACUGCAUAGCUCUGGCUUCUCUAAAACUAGCUGAAAAGAUGGCCGGUAGUAAGGCUGGACAUGUUAUGGCCGCCGAUUAG